CGCGUUACGUCCGUCGCACUUUGCUGUUGUCAUUUCUUGACCGUGUACAUCAUGUCCACAGUGGAGAUCUCUACGUCCACUCCCGGUUGUUGAUCUUCGCCGCGAUGAGUAACCCGUGCAGAGAAGUCAUCACUCUCCAGCUGGGACAUUAUUCAAACUUUGUCGGGACUCACUGGUGGAACCUGCAGGAUGCGUCUCUAUCAUACGACCCUGAAGCAGCAGCAGGAGACAUCCAGAGUGAUGUGGUGUUUCGUGAGGGACAGACUCAAGGCGGACAUGUCACCCACACACCUCGCCUCAUUGCCAUGGAUCUCAAAGGAAGUCUACGGACUCUACGGCAGGAGGGAUGCCUUUACGACCCCGGCAAAGACACGUCUGCCAUCACAUGGGACGGAAGCCUCAUGAUGCACCAAGAAAGUCCUCCUGCUAAGAACCCAUUUCUUGAAGAUCUGGACAGGUUAGAUAGAGGAGAGAUCCUGGCUGAAGCAGAUUUUUUCUCCAGUUCUCAGCCUCACUGCUCAGCAGGUGCGUUGAGUGUGGACACUGUGAACAGCCAGCUGGCUCGAGUGCAGAAGGCCUACAGGCUGGAAGGCAGCGUGAAGGUGUGGUCCGACUUCCUCAGGAUCCACCUGCACCCUCGCACCAUCUCCGUCAUCCACCAGUACAACCACGACGGGGAGGCUCAUCGUCUGGAGGCUUUCGGUCAGGGAGAAGCUCUCCUGCAGGGGCCGGUGCUCGAGCAGCUGGAGGACAAACUGCACUUCUUUGUAGAAGAGUGUGAUUACCUCCAGGGUUUCCAGGUUCUGUGCGACCUGGCUGAUGGCUUCGCAGGCUUGGGGUCAAAGGUCACAGAGAUGCUUCAGGACUCUUACGGAGGGAGAGGCAUCCUGACAUGGGGGUUAGCACCCGUCAGCCACCCAAAUUCAACUCCCAUGAAGGACCUGUACCACAUGUUGAACUGCACGUUAGGCACAAUUCAACUGGCCAAUCACAGCUCCUUCUUCUGCCCGCUGACCCUGCGUGGAGGACUUGGAAGACGACCCUCCUCUCCUAUGGAGUUCCCACACCUCAACUAUGAUCCCUCUCUGUGGUUCCACUCCAGCGCCGUCCUGGCUUUGGCCCUCGACGCCCUCACUUUGCCUUACAGGCUGAGGAACGACAGCGUCCCCAUGUGGCAGCUGGCAGACUCACUGGCUGUAUCCGGGAGAAAGGUUGUGGCUGCUUACGGCGCCAUCCCCUUUCCCAUGAUGCACGGCGGCUCUCUCCCUGACGCCCUGAGCGCCUGCACUGAUUCGCUGCCAUGGAGACCUUUAUCAUCUUGUCCUGAACCUGGCGACGGUCAAUGCUAUGGACAGUGGGCGACACUUCGGGGAUUUGAGAGCCAGAGACUAAUCAGCUCUCUGGCUCCAGGAGACAAACCGCCCACUCCUCUGCACAGCCUGCACAGCGGGGAGGACGUCCUGGCCUCCUACAUCAGAUCCUUCUAUCCUACAGCUCCUCUAGCUCUUCAGAUGGUGUCCUCUCCGAGUAAGCUGACACCACCUUUCCCUCAGAUGUUCAGUCAGUCUGUGGGGGCUCAGGGCUUCCUGCAGAGCCGUCUUCCACACCCCGGCUCUCCAGCCCCCGUGGUCUCCUCUGCACCCGUCAUGACGUCCCUCCAGUCAGGUACCGCAGUCGGCCAAUGGCUGUCCGAGCUUCAUCGAGGUGUCAGCGCUUUCGACAUCCGCCGCGUGGCCCCAAGCUUCCUCUCUCAGGGGCCCGAAAUGGCCGACUACGAGGAGGCUCUGGAGCAGCUGCGCCUACUGUCCCGGUGUUACCGCGAUGACAGCGGCGGGAUGAUGCGCUCUUCCUCAGAGGAGGAUGACGAUGACUGACGCUGGCAGUCUUAGUCGCCAUGAUCUGGAUAAAAUGCUGAGCUCGGCUUGCACUCAAACGGAGACGGAAAGAGGAGCUGCGCCUCUGAGGUGUUAAGGACCAGGAUUGAAUUACACGCUCAAUGAAAGGGCAAAAGGCAACGAAUGUUACUGAGCCUGCAAGACACAGAUGAGGGAAUAGUAGAUCUCUUAAAGAGAUAGAUGGGGUGUUGCGUCCCGAGACUGUAUGGACUUUACAUUUCAUUAAAUAACUGUACAUCUGUAAUGUUUUUAUACCAAGUGCACGCUAUAAAAAGAAUGUAUUUACAUAGAGAGGUUUGGUUGUCACAUCUUUUGUUUUGGGUACAGGUUGCUCUAAACAUCAUUUAGCUUAUAGACUCAUUAACUCAUGCUGACAGUCACCACAUCUUAAGAGAAGAUAAGACAAACUUCACGCUUACACCAGAUACGUGUGCAUUGCAUUUCCGCUCCGGUCGGUGACGACUCCCUGCUCCCUCAACACCCUGGAGAGCAGAGCCAUAGAAAUUCCCGCUGUAAUUUUACAGAUUCACCCACGACAGCGCAAGAUAAUAUGCUGUGUGUGACAGCCAGGUCGGGAGAAUCUCCAGAGCACUCCUGACAUGAUCUAGAUAUUUUCAGGAGUGCAAUGUGAAAACGGCUGAAGGUUGUCAACAUUUCUGAAGCUUUGAUUCUUUUAAGAUGUUUUUGAAACGAUACAUACUUGGACUAAUUGAGUUUUAGAAACGACCAAAGCUUUCAUUAAACUGCAGAUUUAGUCAUACUUUAACCCAAAGCUGUGGGGUGUUAAAGAGAGCAACUGUGAUCCACUCCAAUUAACAGGUUUCAUACUGACAUUUCAUUCUCUUCCAGACAGACGGCAGGUCACUUUAAUGGAUUUGGGCAAUUUAGACAGUAUGAAGAAGUCUUUUUGCAAAUGUAAUUAAAUGAAGGUCUUUCUUAA